AUGAGCUCGCAUGAACUGCCGUUCCUGAUCCUCAACCUUGCAGUUGAGAUGAUUUUCGUGCUGAACUCGCGCCUGCACGCGCAGGCGGUGCCGCCGGAGAGGGCGGCCAGCGUGCUACGCGACAUUGGCACGAACAUCUUCGACACCGCUUUUGUGAACGAGCUCUUCGCACGACCGGCGAUGUACUCAUCGACGUCAGUGCUCCAGGUGUUCACGGCGCUGUCGAGCAGCACCAUUAUGCGUCUUAGCGCGAACUCGAUGCGCAAGUUGUACGACCUCGUCUACAUGACGGUCAAGUACCAAGUCUUCACGCUGCGCCACCCGUUGGAGCUGCUGGAGUUGACGCUGAAUCACCUGGAUGCCGCACAGAAGAUUUUGCCGGCCGAGAUACAACCUCUCACCAGCGCGGCGGAGAAACGUGUGCUGCGGCUCGCCAGCACGCUCAACAUGGGUGACUGGGCCAGCACAAGGCGAUCACUGCUCAACUUUUUCACCGGCCGUCACGUGCGGGUGUCCGUCUUCCUCGAAAACGAGGUGCAGGACCGCACGAGCGGCGCCUUUUACAUCCCUCGCGAUGCGUUUCUGUCGCCCUCGCCCGCCUGCAAGCCACCAGGGCUCGUCUACGUCGCGGGGGUGCCCCAGCCUGGAACGUUCCCCCACCCUGAUGCACACCUUCCGUACCCUCCGCGUAUACCCCUUGGGUCAUGGAGGCCGCGGAAGGGUGCCGCGCGAAUGACAAGCAACGGCUUCGACAUCUACGCCGCCGCCGCCGCCGCUGCUGCUGCCGGGUCGUCUAGGUCGGAUACUGUGGCUGGCGGUGCAGGAGCUCAUGCUACCGUUGCCGCCGACCCGCUGCUGAGGCAGACGCUUGAGAUGCCAAUGCCGAAGAAACCGCCGUUUGGGGGCGCUGGUGCCGUCACCGCCUUCGCCAGCCCUUCUACGCCGCCGCCUGUUUCCGUCGCCGCCGAGGACAAGCAAUGCGCCUACGACGCGGAGGUGAACUCUCUUGCGCAGCUCAUCGGGUCCGUGAACAGAGCUGGCGGCGUGCAGCAUUUCGAGCUCGACUUGUUUCCCGACGGCGCCGGCAGUAGUGGUGGGGCGACCGCUGUCGUGCCAGUGCCCUCUGCGGCCCCGACGUCGAUCACGAACGCAGCUGGCAGCAGAGGCGCCGGCGCUACGCCGGCGAUACCGGUUACUCGCAUGACAGCCUCUGCGGUUCAGGAGCAGAACAAGAAGCUCCUGGGCAUCAUGAGCGACUUCCAAUCACCCAAGGAGGCAGGCAGCGGUGAUGCUGGUGGUGCUGUGCCAGCCACAGGUGGCGCGACCAUGAACGACUUGCUCGACAUCAUGGACGAGCUAUGA